AUGAAAAUGAAGGACUUUCGCAGAGAAAUUUCAUCAGAAUUAGUAAGAAAAAAAAUGUUAGAAAAACGUCGAAUGAAGCAAACUUCAGAAUCACCUCCAGUUCAACUAAAAAAAAAUAAGCCGUUUGUCCCAAAAAAUAUUAGAGUUGAUCAUUCUGCACACCAGCCAAUAAGAUCUAGUCGAAGAAGAUGCGGAAAUUGCAGUACUAAAGUAAAGGAAGUAAGAACUGAAUGGAUAUGCUCAGUGUGUAACAUACCUUUGUGUUUAAAUAAAAACAAAAACUGUUUUACCGAUUACCAUAAAUAA